AACAAAUUUGCUAAAAUAAUUAGAUCUAGAUCUAGUUAAAUUAGAUCUAGAUCUAGAUCUUAAUUAAAUGCAAGGCAAUCUAUCUUUAUCUAAAAUCUAGAGUAGAUCUUAUUUAUAAAUACUCGGAUCUUCAUCAUAUUGUUGUUUCUGGUGAUCUAGAAUAGACGUCUACUGUAAAAAUGUCUAGUUCUACACGUAAAUCAUCUAGAAAAAGUCAAGAAGAAAAACCUCGGCCAGAGAAAAGGGACAUUAAAAACUCUGAUCGGUGGAUAUUUUUAAUGAAAAAUGAAAUAAUCACUUGCAACGAAGAAGGACUCAAACCAACUCUUUGCAAGUUGAGACAUCCACGUUUAAAAACAGGUGUAAUGUAUUUACUAUCUGCUGAUUGUACCAGUGUUUAUGAGUUGACAGCAUUCAAAGAGAAAUUUAGAUCUUGGUUCAUUGGAAAUUCAGUGUUAAGCAAUGGUCAGAUGUACAUAACAACACCACUUGAUCCAUUGUUCUUGAUACUUCCAUACAUAAUUAAUUCUGGGGAGACCAAUCGUUUUAUGACUUUAGAGCAAAUUGUUUUGGAUGAGGAAUUCCCAGAUAGUCAUAAACUUGUGACAUGCUGUAAUCCUGAACAGCUUCAGCUUGUGUCAGACUGUAAAGAAAUAGAUGAUGAUUUAAAAGUGUUUAAGUUCAAUAAAGAAAAAACUUUAUCAUGGCUGAAGAAAAAGACAGAAGCUGUUGCAGAGGCUCUUGAAAUGAAGAAAAUUCCAGUAAGCAGUGGUAGCUCUCAUAGUUCUAUUUUUAUCCCUAGUGGAAAUGCAGAGAUAUGUAAAGACUCCUACAUGAUAUUUGCACAUGGUAUUCUAAGUGAGUAUUUAUCUCUUGAUUUGGAGGCUGAGCUGAAGACAUUUAUUGGUUUGAACACUACAAAUGAGACGCCUAGUCCAACAUCUGUGACUGAUGAGCCCCCCAAUAAGAAGCAAAAAUUAACUACAGUGGUGGCACCAUUAGAGGACUACACCCAAGGAAAGGAUCUUAAAAAAGAUAAAUCUAAGACUAGCAAGGUGAGUGCAGCACAGAAACGCCUAGACAAAGUUGACAAGACUGGAAUGAAGAGCAUGCUCAGCUUCUUCUCACCAAAAAGUACAAAGUAAUGAGCAUUCAGUCAACCCUUAGUUCUAGGAAGUCAUUUAUUGAAGAUGGAUUUCAAAAGUAUGAAUUUUAUCUGUAUAAGAAAUAUCAACACCAUUGAUGAAACCCUAAAUUGAGCAUAAAUAAUAAAAUUGUUUCUUACUGGUUAAGUUUCUUUAAUGUGGGAUGUUACUUAUAAACCUUUUUUUUUUUAAAAUUUAAAUGUAACUUUAAUAAUAUUUAUACCACAGUUCUGCAAUAAGGUAUCCAUAUCUGAUUUUAUGCUCUGAAAUGAAAAACAGUAUAGUUGAAACAUUGUAAGUUGUCAUAAUCUUGGUAAAUCUUGUUAAAAAUAGCAGUCUAACUGCCAAACCACCACCGUAUUUAAUACCUGCAACUUGUGACCUACAAUUUUCUUAACUGUGAAUAGAUUUAUUAUGCUCAAAUAUUGUUUCCUUUGUUAUAUGUCAUACAUUCAAGGGCAUUUCCAAUGUGUUCAUUUUGUAAAGUAUUUAUUGCUCAUGGUUUUAAGCUGCAUUUCCUACUUCUACACAAAGUUUGUAUUGCUUAGUCAAAAGGUACAAUUUAUUUUUUUAGGCAGAAGUAAUUUCUAAUUAUUCUUGUCACAUAUUUGAUGCCAAGUUUUAUAUCAUAUAUAUUUCUGUGAAAUAUUUUGUAAUUAUCAUGAUUCAAUAACUUCAAUUGGAUAAAAUGUUAUUAAAUGUAUUAUUUCUUUCAAAAUUUUGUCAUAAUAUUUUUCUUGAUUAAUAGUUUAAUUCUUUAGAAGAGAUCAAAUGUUUGAAUUCAAAAAGUUUUGUUCUCCAUACAAUUUAGUAUUUGUGCAUUAGUAUCUUAUAGAUGCCUUGAUUAUCCUUUGGGAAAUAAAUCUUUCAAUGAUGUAAACAAGCUCAUGGCGAGGGGUAAAAAUUUCCCCAUUGGAAACAUUACAUAGUAAUUUGUAAUUUUUUUUCCUUGGACCAACAUGGCAGUCAACCAGCUUUGUAUUUCUCUAUGUCAUGUAUCUAUUCCAAGGAACUCCAGAAUAAUUAAAGUUAUUAUUUUAAGCAAAGUCUAAAUUUAUAGAAUCAGGGGAUCAUAAGUUCACCCUUUAAAAAUGCCAUCUUGCUACCCUAGAACACUAUCCAAAAUGGAUAUAUAUAUGUCCAUGUUAUGUUCACUAAUAUUAAAGACUUAUGAAUGCAUUGUCUUCAUCAAAUAAAUUUAUAAAAAAUAAUUUUUAAUAAAUUUGUUCUGUUAAAUAUGUACAAUUUACUUUUAUUUUUCUAACAGAAUGUCACCAAAAAAAAUGUAUUUCUAAUAUGUACAUUUGUUAGACAAAUGUAUGAAGAAAAAUUGUAAAAAAUUAUUGUUCUUGGACUCAUGUUUCUACAGCCUCACACUGUAUGUUCACAAUUACAAACUAUUUGAUUGAAUACAACAAAUAUCUUGUUCAGUCUAAUUGUCUUAAUAGUUGUUUUUUUU